AUGGGGCCUUUUGAUGUCCGGGACAACCUCACUGCCACCCAACUAGCUCAUGUCUUUCUUGCCUCGGGCACCCUGGAUGAUCCUGAUAAAGCCAGCACCCUUCUGGAACCUUUGGAGAACAAGCCUGUUGACACCCUCGCUUUUAUGACAGAGUUUGCAGCCUUGGCUGCUCAGAGCGGCGUGACCUUCCUGGCAAACAGAGAGGUGAGGGACAAGAUAUUUGAAGUCAUCUUCAGCAAAUUUCAGAGCCUGCUAAGGACAGCCGGCACCUCCCAGUACGAAGACUGGUUCCAGAAAACAUUGACCCUUGUGCUUCCCAGCAUCAACGCCACAGCCCUGGCAGCCGUUCCAAAGAGCAUCCCUUGCAGCACUUUCAAAGCCAUAAUGGCUGGCUUGGAUGGCAGCUUUCGACAUAUGUCAUCAGACAGUCGCCGAGAUGUCUACAACUUUGCCAAAGGGUACCUGAUGACUAAGACGUCUCAAGGAGGAGAUCCCUGUACAGAGAAUACUCGAGGCAGCUUGGGUUGGUUAACAGCCAACUUUGGGUCCUUCAGCUCAUUGGCCAGUUAUAAAGACUUGGUUGCCAUUAAUGGAGAUUUCCACCCGAUGGAUGCAGUUGCAAGACUCACGCCAUCUCAGCUGGCUGAGUACACACUGGCGAGUGACGCCCUGCGUGACGGUGAGAAAGCCGGGAAGGUCUUUGGCUCCCUCGAUUCACACAACAUUGGAGAAUUCAUGGAUGCUUUCAAUGCCGCUGCCCAGCAGUUAGCUAGGCGCACCUGUCCUCCUAACGCUGUACCUUCUGUGCCUUUUGCUUUCUUCUUAAAGCACCAGCUCACUCAGCUGCCCAACUUGGAGACCAAACGGUUCAUCCUUGGCGAGAUCUUCUGCCACUUGAGUGGUGUGCUGAAGCUCUUCACCACAGAGGACUAUGCUGUGUGGUUUGGGCAAAGGCUCCCUCUCUUCCUGAGCAGUCUUGAUGCCCAGAACCUCGGCUUCCUGCCCAGUGACAUGUCCUGUGAUUCUCUGGCAGCCAUAGUGGAGGGUUUAAAUGAUCAUCGUGCCAACAGCACAUUUGAAAAUCCAGAUGAUAUAUUCUCCUUCAUAAAGAGGAUUCUUGAAUUCCAAGAACAAAAUUCAGGUUCUGCCUGCACUCACGGUGCCUCCACAGACCAAGAGUGGCUGAGCAAAUUCUUUGGACCCUUUUCUGCCUAUGGCUCCUACUCAGAUUUCACUGCAUUGAAAAGCGACUUCCGUGGGGUGGAUUCCUUGGACCUCUUCUCCGCCAGUGCCUUGGCUCAGUUGUCCACUGAAGGUCACACCAUUUACAGCAGCUCAGCCAUGGGGCUCGUCUUCCAAGCCAUCCAGAGAAAGAAGGAGCCGGAGCAAUUCCUCAGCACGUACCUGGAUGAGUUCAACACCCUGGUGCUGAAGAACCGGGGCUUGUUGAGCAAUCCCAAAGUGCGGGACACUAUGCUGAUGCUAUCGGCGGAGAUCGUUUUCCCACAGAUUGCCACCAGUUCCCUGGAAGACACAAACACUUGGUUCCAAAAGCUCAACCUCCUCCUCCCUGGUGUCAAUGGGACAAUUCUUGAGAUGCUACCCCUGGGUAUGCCCUGCCCAUAUUACCAAACCAUUGUGAAAGUGAUGGAUGGUCUCUACUCAACAUUAUCAGCCAGGAAGAGGCAAGAUGUGUAUAACUUCCAAAAGGCUUAUUUAGCUGCUCAGUUUGCUGAUUCAGGGUCAGCGUGCGAUGGUGGAACUACAGGAAUCCGAGACUGGCUGACAAAGAAUUUGGGGGAGUUUUGCGCAGGGGCUAAGCUGAGCGAACUUCAAGCUUUUUACCCAGAACUUGAUGGAGUAAGUUUUUCUCGGCACUGUGCUCCAGUGGGGGCUGCCCCACCUCUUCCCCCUGCAGGGAACAGUAGCAGCCCUGUGCAACGAUGAAAGUAUUUUCAUCCA